AUGUGCCGGUUCACAGAGCCUGGAAGGUGUGACCAGAGUGUAUCCUCCGUCGACGUUACGACCCGGCCCUCUCCAGUCUGUAAUGUCACGGUGCAAAACCGGACAGUGGAUUCCCUGACAAUCGGAUGGAUGCCGACUGCCUACCGAUAUAACAUCUGCCUGUCAAAUGAUAUCUUGCAAUCCAACUGCUCUUUGGCCGCCCAGAAUUCAUACACGGCACGCGAUCUGGUGGCGGGAGUUCUGUACACGGUCACUGUCUAUGCUCUCACGGGAAACAAUGUCAGCAGCAUCGGGGCUGUCCUUCCGGAUGUCGUCACACUUCCAAACAAGCCCAGGAAUAUAAUUGUGACAAAUUACAGCACCCACAGUCUAACCGUUCAGUGGGAUCCUCCCAGGGACCUCAAUGUAUCAGCCUAUUCGUAUAGGGUAUCUUGGGUCAGAGAGAACACCAAGGAUCUGGGGAUGAACGAAAGCACCAGAGACUCCAAUUAUACCAUCAGAGGACUCCAACCAGGGAGGGUCUACAUUGUAGAGUUGGUCUCUGUCAUAAACAAUGCUGAGAGUGCAGCAGAAAAAAACUGGACCCUAACAAGCCCGCUGCCCCCUACUUCCUUCACAGUCAACACCAUCAACCAGUCUGCGGUCAACUUGUCUUGGGAACACCCAGCCCCUGCGUUCAGUGGCUUUAAACUCGAAGUGCGGAAGGGGCCCACCGAGAGCCUCCAAAAUCACUCGUUUUCUAAUGAGACUUCGACGUCUGUGUUAAACACUCUUAGUCCAGGCACCAAGUACAACUUCACCUUGUUCACUGUGGCCGAAGGAAGAAACCUGAGUUUGCUCAGCACCUACAUUGUUCGAGGAGGAGUCACAGAGCCGGAGCCCGUGGGCACCAUCCGGUGCCUCCAGGUGGAAGGGGGCUACAGCCUGAAGGUGUCAUGGGCGUGCGUCUCGGGUGGGGUCAGUAAAUUCCUGGUCAUAGUCUCAGACCGGAAGCUCGGGCCGUGGCCAAACUGUGGAGUUCCAGUGGAAGUGGGCGAUCUGCAGCCUGCCAGGAGCUACUGGAUUCGGGUUGAGACUCUCUGGAACGAUAUGCAGGCCCUUUCGGACCCCGUGAAAUGUGACACAGACCGCAAGGGGGUCAUAAUCGGCGUCCUGUUUGCCGUGCUGAGUGUCCUGGCCCUCCUCAGCCUGCUGCUGUUCUAUUUUUGGAGAUGGAGUGAGAAGACCUCGGAGGAGCCAAAAGCGAAUGUGGGACCACCCUGUGUUCUUGCCUCGGUGUCGGUGUCGGCUUUCCCGUGUUACUGCUGUGAGCACUUCUCCGACAGUGCCUUUGGUUUUGCCAAGGAAUACCAGCAGCUGCAGGACACGGGGACAGGACAGCCCUACAGCAUGGCAGAACUUCCUGAAAACCGAGAUAAGAACCGUUACAGCAAUGUCCUACCAUAUGACAGCUCUCGAGUCAAACUCACUCUCAGCCCCAGUGACCCCAACUCAGAUUAUAUCAAUGCUAGCUAUAUGCCUGGCUACCAUGGGGAGAAGGAGUACAUCGCAGCCCAGGGGCCGCUGCCUGGCACCGUUCACGAUUUCUGGCGCAUGAUCUGGGAGCAACGAGUCACCACCUUGGUCAUGCUGACCAACUGCGUAGAAAAUGGACGGGUGAAAUGUGAACGAUACUGGCCCCUGGACUACACACCCUGCACCUACAAUGACGUUACUGUCUCGGUUGUCAUAGAAACCAUCCUCCCGGACUGGACCGUCCGGGACUUCGCUAUCAAGCGGAGGAAUGAAUGUGAGGUCCGCUUCGCCCGCCAUUACCACUACACGUCGUGGCCGGACCAUGGGGUACCCUCGGUCACGAGUGCCAUCCUUCAUUUUCGAGACCUUGUGAGGAACCACAUAGAAGAACACGCAGAGAGUGGUCCGGCUCUGGUUCACUGCAGUGCUGGUGUGGGCCGAACAGGAACAUUUAUCGCCCUGGACACCUUGCUGAGCCAAGCCCAGAAUGAGGGGCGGAUUGGCGUCUAUUCAUUUGUUCAGAGGAUGAGGAUGAACCGACCACUCAUGAUUCAGACUGAGACGCAGUACGUGUUCCUCCAUCAGUGUCUCCUGGACAGCAUCCAGCCCCCUCCACCGGAUGACAGUGAAAAGGUGCAGUGUACCUCUGUGUAUGAAAACACCUUGGCUUUCCAAGACUAUGAGGUGUCCCGCGUGUGA